GUCGGGCUCCCUGAGCGCCUCGUCCCCGGCACCAUGGGCGGCAAGAAGGUUUGCGUCGUGGGCUCCGGCAACUGGGGCUCGGCCAUCGCCAAGAUCGCCGGCGCCAACGCGGCGAGGCUGAGCGGCUUCGAGAGCCAGGUGAACAUGUGGGUGCUGCAGGAGGAGGUGGGCGGCCGGCAGCUCACCGACAUCAUCAACACCGAGCACGAGAACGUCAAGUACCUGCCCGGCCGCAAGCUGCCCCCCAACGUGGUGGCAGAGCCAGACCUGCUCAAAGCCUGCGCGGGGGCCGACGUGCUCCUGUUCGUGGUGCCCCACCAGUUCAUCGGCCAAGUGUGUGACCAGCUCAAGGGCCACGUGAAGAAAGAGGCCGUGGGGAUGUCGCUCAUCAAGGGCGUGGAUGAAGGGCCGGAUGGGCUGAGGCUGAUCUCGGACAUCAUCCACGAGAAGCUGGGAAUAGAGAUGACCGUGCUCAUGGGGGCCAAUCUUGCCAAUGAGGUGGCAGAUGACAAGUUCUGUGAAACCACCAUUGGCUGCAAGAACAUGAAGCACGGGCAGAUGCUGAAGGAGCUGAUGCAGACACCCAACUUCCGUGUGUCGGUGGUGCAGGAAGCCGACACCGUGGAGAUCUGCGGAGCUCUCAAGAACGUGGUGGCCGUGGGAGCUGGUUUCUGCGACGGGCUGGGCUACGGCGACAACACCAAGGCUGCCGUGAUCCGCCUGGGGCUGAUGGAGAUGAUUGGCUUUGCCAAACUCUUCUGCAAGGGCCCCGUCUCCCCCUCCACCUUCCUGGAGAGCUGUGGGGUCGCCGACCUCAUCACCACCUGCUACGGGGGCCGCAACCGCAAGGUGGCCGAGGCUUUCACCAAGACAGGGAAGUCCAUCGAGCAGCUGGAGCAGGAGAUGCUGAAUGGGCAGAAGGUGCAGGGCCCCCCGACGUCUGCUGAGCUGCAUCGGAUCCUCAAGAGCAAGAACGCAGUGGAGAAGUUCCCCCUCUUCACCGCUGUGUAUCAGAUCUGCUACGAGGGCAGGCCUGUCACUGACUUCAUCAAGUGUCUCCAGAACCACCCCGAGCACAUGUAAGGUGCUCUGCCUGCCAGGCCACCGGCCCUGCUGAGACGCGCAGAGAGCUCCUGCCCGCGGCACCCCCAUCUGCUGCCACGGCUUCCUACGGAGUCCGGCUCUCCUGGGAGCCUCGGCAGGCUGCUGGAAGGGCAGAGGUUCCCCUCCCCAGCCCUGGGCACUGCCAGCCUGAGCCUGGCACAGAGGUACCUGCUGACCUCCCUCUCUCUGUGAAGGGCUCGUUUAGUUUCUGCUGCUCUCUGAGGUCUGCCCUGAGCGGGACGGAGCAUCUUCCUCCUUCUACUCCCUCCUGCUGUGAUGGAUUCAGCUCUGGGAAGGACUCUGUUGGGAUUGAUACGGGCUGGGAGGACAAACAGUGCCCCAGGUCCUCCCUCUCAGCCCCGUGGGGCCACUCUGGGUGACACCAGCCCUUCCCUGCCUGCUGCUGCUGCUGUUUUUGGCUUCCCUGCCUGGUGGAGAGGGCACAGUCCCCUGCCAGGCUCCACCUGCUGAGCGAAGCCCCUCAGCACUCCCAGAGAGUGCUGAGAAUCUUCUUUGUAAGCAGCACCAGCACAGACAUGGCCUUCCUUCCACUCUGCCAUGUGCUGCUUCCCGAGCCGUCCCCAGCUGCUCCUGCUGCCCCCGUGCUCCAGAGGGACACUUUGGAGCUUGUUUGUUUAGAGCUUUUGCUCUCACAGUUACGCCUGGCCCCUGCCCCAGGGAACUCCCCUGUUGUCACAGGUUUGCCUGGGCUAAUUCCAUGCCCAGUGACUUCUCUCCCUGUCCCAGUUUGUCCUCUGGGGCUUGGCACUGCAGGGACCAACUGCCCCCAAGCCUUUGUGACCCCUGCCUUGUACCUGCAGAGCCAGGGGGUGGGUACAGGGCACCUGGGUCCUGUUGCUGUUAAAUAAAUGACCCACAGCCACA